AUGGAUGAUGACCUUCCGGCUGAGUCUGGCAUGACAGCCCAUACCUUCGCUUCCCCUUCAGCCGACUACGACCUCGCUCCGCAGGACGGCGACACAGCGAUCGACAUGCAGCACUCGUGCACGUUUGAAAGCUUGGCCUUUCACUACUUGACUAUCGCAGAUAGACUUGCCUCCUGGCCUUCUGCUACGGCCAGCGAUCUGCAACUGUUCCGCGAUUUUGCUACGGAGUUCAAGUUUCUAUCAAAUGCGCACGUCGGGCAGCCGUGUCGAUCGCUAUCCGUGACUCCUCUCAUAUCUGGUAUAGCGUACAAUCACCUCGCCCGCUUCGCUCUGCUUUUGCGUUCCACCCCAGAUGUGGUCAUCUCCGCGUGGAGGGAUCACGGAGCGUUACUAGUUCGUGUGCUCUCAUGGUUAAAAGGCCUCGCGCGUGUCGUACUGGUUGCUGCUUCUCCCUUGACGCCGAUAUCCCUGCCACUCGUCAGCGAAGAGGUUCAGCUCUUCUUGAUGUGCAGCGGCGCCGAAGCGAAUGGUCUUUUUGCUCCUUUCAGAUUUAUUGCUGGUACAUCUUCAAGAUUCACCGCGCCAUCGACGGUUCACCCUGGGCACACUGUCACGCAUACUCCGGUCAUGACGCUGUGGGAGAGUGAUGAAGAUGAUGACGAUGAAGAUAGUGACGACGACGACGACACGGCUUCCGAUAUCUCGUAUCUGGACCUUGAUGGGCGUCCUCUCUCAUCCGAGAGUACUCCGUGUGUCCGCCGGGAGCGCAUACUUAUUCGAUCGGGCGCGCGAUGUCUUGACUAUGACGAGCGCACCAAGUCAUACUCCGGGAGGACCUUUCGUUACUCGGUGGACAAUAACGUCAUUUUCAUCGACCACUCCGACGCUCUCAUCUCUCGGCGCCCACCCCCCGGCUACGAGCUUCUGCAGCCUGACGAUGACCAGCAUAUCUCGUGGCGUCAGAGAAUCGGCAAGUUCCUCGGCUGCGCCCUCCUGAGCCAUGCACCGCAUAUUCAAGACUCUACCACUGCAUGGUUGCUUGGUGCAUUCCCGGCCAAGUAUACUCUCGCCCGGCGCACGGUAGUCCACGAAGUGAAUGGUGUAGAGAAGAAACGAACAGACGUGUACUUGUAUGGUGGAGCCAUUGUGCGUGUAAGCACUGCUCAGGGUCAUCGCAACGGGACAUCUCGUCGAUGCUAG